AAUAAGAUGGGAGCAGAAGCCUGACUCGAGAGUCGAGUGCGAAGAUCCGACUCCAACUCGAACCCAGUUCUUGUUUACGACCCCUGCUCCACAACGCAGUUCUUUUCACAAAGCCAGCAGCAGUAACGCAGUGUGUCGAAAAUGGGAGGUAGAGGAAGAUCUCGAACCCAGAGAAGGCAUUUUAAGGAGAACAGAGAGAACGUUUGGAAGCGCCCCAAAUCCGAUCCUUCCUCUGAAAACAACAACAGCAACAGCAGCAGCAGCAAUAAUGAGAAUUCGUAUUGGCAGCCCUUCGCCACCCAAAACCCUGCCUUUGAUGAAUACUAUAAGGAGCAAGGGAUUGUGUCCCCUGAGGAGUGGGACUCCUUCAUGCAAGUUCUUCGAAAACCAUUGCCUGCUGCUUUUAGAAUCAAUUCAAGUAGCCAGUUUUGUUCCGACAUUCGAUCACAGUUAGAGAAUGACUUCAUGAAAUCUCUUCAGGCUGAGGUCACUGAUGGUGAAGCGGAGGCUAUUAGACCAUUGCCUUGGUACCCUGAGAAUCUCGCUUGGCAUUCAAAUUUUUCCCGCAUGCAGUUGAGGAAGAACCAAACACUUGAGAGGUUCCAUGAGUUCUUAAAGCUUGAAAAUGAAAUUGGAAAUAUCACAAGACAGGAGGCUGUCAGCAUGGUGCCUCCUCUCUUCCUGGAUGUAAACUCAUAUCAUUUUGUACUCGACAUGUGUGCUGCACCAGGAUCAAAAACAUUCCAACUGCUUGAGAUUAUACACAGAUCAGCCAAAGAAGGAUCACUGCCUGAUGGAUUGGUUGUUGCAAACGAUCUUGACGUCCAAAGAUGUAAUCUUCUCAUCCACCAAACAAAAAGAAUGUGCACUGCCAAUCUGAUAGUCACAAAUCAUGAAGCUCAACACUUUCCUGGCUGCCAUUCAAACAGAAAUUGCUCUAGUUCUUCUGAAAAUACAAUGGGAUUUCAUCCGAGUGUUAGUCAACUUAUCUUUGAUCGUGUCUUAUGUGAUGUUCCCUGCAGUGGAGAUGGUACCCUUCGCAAGGCUCCCGAUAUCUGGAGGAAAUGGAGUCCAGGAUUGGGCAAUGGGCUCCAUAACCUCCAAGUUCAGAUCGCCAUUCGAGGUUUAUCCUUGCUUAAAGUUGGUGGCAGAAUGGUUUACUCAACUUGUUCAAUGAAUCCAGUUGAGAAUGAAGCUGUGGUUGCUGAGAUUUUGCGGAAGUGUGGAGGGUCUCUUGAACUUGUUGACGUCUCUUGUGAGCUUCCCCAACUUGUUCGUCGGCCAGGCCUCAAAAAAUGGAAGGUGCGUGACAAGGGCACUUGGUUUGUUUCCCACAAAGAUGUCCCUAAGUACCGCAGAAGUUUGAUUGUUCCUAGCAUGUUUCCUUCUGGCAGAAUCUAUGUGGAGCGAAGUGAGAAUAACCCUGAUACAGAAUUGGGAGAAAAACAUGAGAAUUGUGGUAAUGGAAAUUCCAAAGAUGGGUUCCAUCAGUUAGGGGAUCCUGUAGCUGAUGAUUUAGAUGAGGAAGUUUGUAAUUUUCCUCUAGAACGUUGCAUGAGGAUAAUGCCUCAUGAUCAAAACAGUGGAGCAUUUUUUAUUGCUGUCUUCCACAAACUUUCCGCUCUGCCAGCUGUGCAGGAGAAACCACAUACUCUGCAAGUAGAUAGUGACUUGUCUGCAAAACAAUUGAAUCAGGUUAUUGAAGAUACAAAUGGGGUGGAGGUUAUUUCAGGAGAUGGCACAGAUGAGAAACAUUCAGUAGCCAAUUUAGAGGCUGGUACAGAUGAACCAGAUGAGGCUGCUGUGGAACCUCAUCUUUGCAUUACAAGUGAAGUGCAGAAUUCUGAAGAAGCCCAGGCACUUGAUCAUAAGGAAAUUGAUGUGAGGAAAGCUGGAGGUAAAAGAAAGAAGCAAACUCAAGGCAAGUGGAAAGGGGUUGACCCUGUUGUUUUCUUCAAAGAUGAAGGCAUCAUCAAUAGCAUAAAGUUAUUCUAUGGUAUUGAUGGCACCUUUCUAUUAAAUGGGCACCUAGUCACGAGAAACAACGAUACUAACCAUGUGAAGAGGAUAUACUAUAUUUCAAAGUCAGUUAAGGAUGUCCUUGAGCUGAAUUUCUCAGUAGGGCAGCAACUUAAGAUAACGUCCAUCGGCCUGAAGAUGUUUGAAAGACAAUCAUCCAGAGAAGGGAGCUCUGCACCAUGUGUGUUCCGGAUAUCUUCCGAAGGACUGCCACUGAUUCUUCCCUAUGUCACCAAACAGAUACUAUAUGCAUCCCUAGUGGACUUCAAGCAUCUUCUGCAAUAUAAAACUAUUAAAUUUGCAGAUUUUGUUGAUUCUGAGUUUGGACAGAAGGCAACAAACCUAAUGCUAGGCUGCUGUAUUAUAGUUCUGAGCAAAGGUAGCCGAGCCUCAUUAGAUUCUACCCAAGUGGAUGACUCAACAAUAGCCAUUGGAUGCUGGAAGGGCAGGGCCAGUUUAUCUGUAAUGGUCAAUGCAAUUGAGUGCCAAGAACUGCUAGAAAGGCUCUUAAUACACAUGGAUGCUCAAAACGGCUCUUUGGUGCAUGAAGAGAAAUCUUAUGUUAAGGGUGUCGAAGUAGAGGACAUGAAUGACAUAGAAAGGAAUGAGGACAUGGAGAGUAGCAUACUUGCAACCAAGAGUUGAACUAAUUUCAAGAAACACAUUUUUGUGUUGUAUUAUAAUUAGCUAAUCCAAUCUUGGAUGUUAUCAUGAUUAGUGUGGCAGAGUCCUCCGUUUUGCUACUUUAGAGGAACUCUUUUUUGACAGUGUGGACUCUUAAUUUUCCGUACCAUAUCAUGUUAAUGCGAUUCUUAAGAACAAGAAAUUGCGGGUUUGUUUUGCUGAAA